AUGGCUCGGCGAGGUUUUUCAUAUACUGUACAUUCAGGACGGACUGUUGCACUUGUAGGUGAGUCUGGAUGUGGCAAGACUACUUUGCUCUAUCUUGUGCAGCGUUUGUAUGACACGGCUAAUCCGUCGAAUGAGUUAACGCCUGGCGACCAAACAAUCAACCAGCCUGAGAGUGGUGUAUUUCUUGAUGGCAUUAACAUUAAAUACUUUUCACCGAGAUGGCUGCGCCAACAGAUUGGCAUCGUUGCACAGGAGCCCGAAUUAUUUGACAUCAGCCUAGCGGACAACAUUGCUUAUGGAGAUAAUUCACGCAAAGUCUCCAUGGAGGAAAUCAUCGAAGCUUCAAUGCAGGCCAAUAUACAUGAUUUUGUCAUGAGCCUUCCUAAGGGAUAUCAAACUAUGGCUGGAAGCGGAGGUUCUCAUCUUUCAGGGGGGCAAAAGCAGCGUAUUGCAAUCGCUAGGGCUCUAGUCCGUCAUCCAUCUAUUCUGCUACUGGAUGAGGCAACUUCUGCACUGGAUGCCGAAAGCGAGCGUCUUGUUCAAUCCGCUCUUGAUUCAGCCGCAUGUGAUACAAAAGGUGUCCAUAGGACCUGUCUUGUAGUAGCACAUAGGCUCUCAACUGUCCAGACGGCCGAUACUGUGGUUGUGAUUCAGCGGGGCCAGAAGAUGGAGAGUGGUUCUCCUAAGACUCUGCUUGAAGCGAAAGGUGCUUAUUAUGCAUUGUAUCAUGCUUCUAAAAUUUCUGAGCCAUAA